AUGUGCGAUCAUUCAAAGGAUGACGAUAUAGAGUCAUCGAUGAACGUAACAACGUGUGUGGAAAAGUUGGUUUACGUGAAUGUGAGAACAGACACCGACGUGGAAUCGCACGACCAAGAAGGCAGGCGUACAUCGUACUACCAGAACGACCACAAGACGUCACUGGCUGAUAUGGUGGAGACUGAGCGGUUCAGAGACGGCCACGACUAUGAUACCGAACUUUUGAACAAUGUCAGCAACAUGAACGACGACUAUGAUGAGGAUGUGUUCAGGCCGAACAUGGCCAAAUCAAAGGAUCAACAGCUGGACAGAGAGAGACAUAGGGCCAUCACUG